AUGAUUUCAUAUGCGUCAAAUUAACCAGAGUUCUUGAUUUCAAAGUUAUAGAACUAAAAUGUAAUAGAAUAGGAAGUUGACAAAUGGGAUUAUAAAAAAGCGAGACUUGUAAAAACUAAAGUUCAAAUCAGAAUUACUUCAGAAAAUAAUCUUAUUUACUCAACAUUAGAAGGUGUCGUUUUGAGAGAUUUAUAAAGAGAAAUUUAUUAAGACAAUUUUGGGUAUUUGGAAGUUUUGAAAAAUAUUGAAUAAAUUGCACAUCUCCAAUGGCAUGGUGAAUAUGGGCAGAAUUAUAGAAAAUUAGGUAAAUGGGAAGCCACAUGGGAUGGAGAAACUCUUUAAAAUGUUGGAGGGUACUACUAAGAAGGUUUAAAGGAAGGUUUAUGGAAAGAGCCAAUUAAGAAUUAUUGGAGUAAAGCCUAAGUAUUUGAAAGUGGAGAAUAUUUUCACAAUAAAAGGUAAGGAAGAUGGAAUUUUACCUAAUAAAACAAAAAUAUUAAUUAAACUAUUGGUGGUGGAUCAUACAAUGAGUAAGCUAAGAAAAACGGUAAAUGGACAGAAUUACAUGAAGGGGUAUAUGAUGAUUUAUAAGUCACAUGGGAUGGCGAAUACAAAAAUGGUUAAAAAGUGGGUAGUUGGAAUAUUAUGAAUGACAAUUUAAAGAUGCUUAUGAUAAUAAAUAAUAUUUAUAGUGGAGGUGGAUCGUUUGGAGAUGGUGAUGGAUUUAAGUAGGGAAGUUGGGUUGAAUUAUGGAAUGGAUUCACUUGUUUUAGCUGGGUGACUGAAAAUGGAGAGUAUCAAAAUGGUAAAAAGGUUGGUAGAUGGGAUAUGUGGUAUAAGGACUAUGAUAAUAAGCAAAGCUUUAAAAUGUAAAAAAAACCAUAAGUUUUAUGCUGA